AACAAUUCAGCCGGCAACGGCAAUAAUUUGCAUUCUUUAUAUAUAUCGUUUUUAAUUUGUUAACAAAACAUAAUUGCUGUUGUUGCUUUGGUUUUUUGAUAACGAUUGCAAUCAUAUAACUGUAUCGAAUUUGCAUUCCACGCACACGGAAUUGAGCGCGAAGUGAGCGAGAUUACUGUGCACGGGGGAGGGGCAAUAAAAGUGGGCGAGAUACGUGGCAAUGAUGAUAUGACGAUGAUGAUAAUCUUUUUGCGGUACAACAAAUCGACAAGCUGAACAAACAAAUUGCAAUAGUGAACGAGGGAUAGUCAAGGGACUCGCAAGGAUGUCGGCAACGCUGCGCUAUCGCGGCGAUAAAAGCAAUUUGCUUGAAUUCGCCAAGAAUCUGGAUGCAUUCAAAAAGGUGCCGGAGAAGUACACGGAGACCACUGAGAUCGGCGGCACACUGUCGCUGCUGAGCCGCCUGCUUAUCGUGUAUCUGGUGUACACGGAAUUGCGUUAUUAUUGGCAUGAGACGGACAUUAUCUAUCAAUUUGAGCCAGACAUGGCGCUUGAUGAGCAGGUGCAGAUGCAUGUGGACAUCACGGUGGCUAUGCCCUGUGCCUCGCUCUCCGGCGUCGAUCUGAUGGACGAGACGCAGCAGGAUGUGUUUGCGUAUGGGACGCUGCAACGCGAGGGCGUCUGGUGGCAAAUGUCCGAGUCUGAUCGCAGGCAGUUCCAAUCAAUGCAGCUGACCAAUCAUUAUCUGCGCGAGGAAUACCAUUCGGUGGCGGACAUCCUGUUCAAGGACAUACUGCGCGAGCGACACGAUUUGCCGCACAGUGAGAAUCCGCAGCGUGCCUCACACUCGGCGGCAGCGCCACCACCUGGUGCACUGCAGCCCCAGCCGCAGCCACAGCCACAACAGCAGCAACCCCAUCCACAUCCACAUCCGCACGAGCUGCCGCAGUCAGAGAGCAAGUUCGAUGCCUGCCGCUUGCACGGCACACUGGGCAUUAACAAGGUGGCGGGCGUGCUGCAUUUGGUGGGCGGGGCACAGCCUGUAGUGGGCUUGUUCGAGGACCAUUGGAUGAUCGAGUUCCGGCGCAUGCCUGCCAACUUUACGCAUCGCAUCAACCGGCUCAGCUUCGGGCAAUACUCGCGGCGCAUUGUCCAGCCACUGGAGGGCGAUGAGACCGUCAUCUACGAGGAGGCCACCACGGUGCAGUAUUUCAUCAAGGUGGUGCCCACGGAGAUUCAGCACACGUUCAGCACAAUUAGCACAUUCCAAUACGCUGUCACCGAGAACGUGCGCAAGUUGGACUCGGAACGGAACUCUUACGGCUCGCCGGGCAUUUACUUCAAGUACGAUUGGUCCGCCUUGAAGAUUGUGGUCAGCCACGAUCGCGACUAUCUGCUCACCUUUGUCAUUCGACUCUGUUCCAUUAUAUCGGGCAUCAUUGUCAUUUCGGGCGCGAUGAACUCGCUGCUUCUGACGCUGCAACGUCGCCUGCUUCAGCUGUUUGCUCCGCAGCUGUAUCAGCGUCAUCUAAAUAGCCAGCAGUCAUCAGCAUUGCUGGCAUCGUCCUCCUCAUCGCCAGCAACGUCGCCUCCGCCUGCGCUCAGCGUCGCCGUUGCCGUUGACAGCUCAGCAAAGGUAAACGUGCCCACAGUGCCGAUCAACGAGCUGCUGCUGAUGGCCAAUGUGGAUAUAUCCGCUUAUCGGCCAACCACUGCGCCGGGCAAAUAACACACAGACUAGUGGAAUGCGUAAUCUCAGUUAUAAAUGAAUCCCAAACUCUUCUUUAUGAUACAUUAACAAUGUAGCAGCUACUUUAUUUGCGCUCUUAGUGUUACAAAUUUUAAGCCAAAACCAACUCUUGUACAUACAAAACACAAAUACAUAACAUACGAUAUACAAUAAAUGUUACACACACAACGAAGAAUAAAAAAAAAACACAAAUAA